AUGCUUAACGUCGAAAUUAAAAUAGCCGUGACUUCAGUAAGUGCUUUACUGACUACCGUUCAACUUUUUGUUCUCGUUCGUCUUGACUCUGUCGAGCAACUCUCAUGCACCGCUGGCGUACUUACAAAAAGAUACUCACCUACCCAGUCUAAACUUAAUCAACUCGCUGAUACAUUUAUAUGCGGUGACGGAAAAGACCCAGUUCAUGAUGUCAGGUCAAACAUUCUUGACUUCUGCCGCUUCUUCUCCACGUCAUCGUUAUUCAUGGGCAACGGCGUCUCCAGUGAGAUGCAAAUUUUUGCUGACGGCGAGAUGGAAGCAGAGCUGAAGCGUCUUGGCGGUACAGGUGAUGCUAGCGUGAAAGAACUGCUAGGAAAUGGGUACCAUGAUGUAGUCAAAGCGGUGAUUCGCCCAAAACGUGCGCUCUACGACCUGAGCGAGCUGGGACCGGAGUGCUUUCAGAUUGCAGGACUAUCUGUGGAUUCAACAGAAGACGAUGAGACGCAGGCUAGACGCAAAGACUUUGAUGUGUAUAAUGAACGCGGUCUGCGCGUUUGCUGCUCGCACUGGCAGCUUUUUCUAAAAGAUAGCAUCACUCCUGCUAAAACACCCUGCUUAAUUUAUCUACACUCCAACAUUGGAUCACGACUAGAUGCUCUGCGCGUGCGCGAUCUGGCACUAAAGCGCGGUUUUUCAGUGUUGGCCUUUGACUGCUGCGGUUCGGGGCUGUCGGAUGGCGUCUAUGUGACAAUGGGCUGGAACGAAGCGCUGGAUUUGUUUUCAGUAUUACAAACUCUUGAAAACGAUGAGUCUGUCUCGGACAUUUGUCUGUACGCGCACAGUAUGGGAGUAUUUCCUGCAGUUACCAAUGUGGCCAUUCGUGCAGCAGGGGCGGCAGACAAGAAGAUGCAGGCCAGAUUAAAUACGCUGCCGCAUGUCAUGCGAACUGGACAAAGGCUACACAAACCGAUUCGAGCUAUUGUAUUGGACAGCGCUUACGCCUCUGUGCGAGAGGUAAAUGAAGGUUUGUUGCGCGAAAUGCAGAUGGAAGGGUUUUCUGUGCCAAAGGCAGUAACUAAAGUAGCAGUGGCUGCAAUCAAUAAGAGUGUCAAGAAACGCACCGAGGUAGACCUUGAGCUACUCAGUCCCGGUGACUUUGUCGAGCUAUGUUAUGCUCCUGCACUUUUCGUAGCUGCAAACAGUGAUAGAUAUGUGUCUAAAGAACAAAGCAACGACCUUGCUGUCAAAUACUCCGGUCCGACGGAGAUUCUUCGGGUCGAAGGAGAGCAUUAUGACGCUCGCGAUGCAACUGCGUACUCAAAAGCGAUAGACUUUCUUUAUGCCGUGAUAAAUCCGAGAUUGUAG